GGAACACCAUCGUUCCAAGUCUGCUACGCGGGCUCCCAACGAUUCCACAAGCUGUCGCAUCUGCUCCCAGCAACCACCUACAUGCUUCGUGUCUCGGCGACCAACGCGCAUGGCCAAAGUCCCUGGAGUGACGUGGUGUCAGUCAUGACCUACGGCCUGCCCCCUUCUUCGCCCGAACCUCCUCGCCUAUUAAAGGCCACCGCUCGAAGUCUCCAUCUAACGUGGGGACCCCAGUCCGGAGGUUCGGAGAAUGCCUCAAAGACCUCUUCCGCUCCCUCGAAACCGAUCCUGCGCUACAUGUUGGAGAUGCAGGAGGGCGAGGCCCGUCAGCACUUCAAGAAGGUCUUCGACGAUGACGCCACGCAGUUCAUCGUCGAGGGACUUCGGCGGUGUUCUCUCUACCGGUUUCGACUGGCUGCUACCAAUGUGGAUGGCAUGAGUCACUGGAGCGAGAUCGUGGCCUUUCGAACAACUCCAGAUGUUCCCACUGCACCAAAAGGCCUUCGAUUACGAGGUCGUGUUCGCCCUUACAACAUAAACGUUUGCUGGCUGAGCCCAGAGGACGACGGUGGUCUUCCGGUGAGCGCUUAUCGGUUGGAAGUCUUCAUGCCUCGCCUUCCUUCUCCUCUUCUACGCAAGUACUCGACGCAACCGCACAAGAAGAACACCCACCUCACCCAGGCCACUGCUGUCCCCGAUGAUUUCAAAGUUGUCGAAACGAUGAGCCCCAUUUGUUGGCCGUGGGUCAUUGGUACGUCGACUGCCAACAUUAACCGAUAUUUGCAUAUACCGAACUACGGUCUGCAUUGUACACCAUCCUUGACCUUAGCUGUGAUUCUCACCCCCUUCCUCACUCACCCCGUCGCCGAUUUGACUGGCUUUGAGGUCACCGGGCUCUCACUACCACGUCCUCCCCUGACUCACCCAACGGUGUGCACAACCUCUCAUAAAUUCUCCAUCCUGUGGCACAACAACCGCUUCCCCUAUCUCUUUCUCAUGGUUCCCACUACGUGA